AUGGCUGGUUCAUCUUCUCACAAACCACUACCCUCGUCUUCCACAGAAAUGGUCGCAGCUAAUCUUACCACUCUCUUCAAUACUUUGAUCACCGGACUCCAUAUCCUCGACUAUAAUGGCGUCCUAGAUGCAUAUGGUCAUAUGUCUGUCCGCAAUCCGAAUAAUGGCUCGAACUUCUUCAUGUCUCGUAACCUUGCUCCUGCUCUGGUUGCCAAUGCUAGCGACCUGGUCGAAUACUACGUCGACGAUGCUGCUCCAGUCGACCCGAAUGCUCCCAACGGAUUCAUUGAACGAUACAUCCACAGUGAACUGUACAAGCGCUUCCCCAGCAUCAACAGCGUCGUUCAUAGUCACUCACCGCAGGUCGUCCCAUACACCUUCAGUGGCGAGGUUGUUCCGAAUUUCAACAUCACGCAGUACUACGAGCCAGGUGACAAUCAGGACCUCCUUGUCCGCUCACAGCGUCUCGGAGCAGCACUCGCAGCCGAGUUCUCUUCGAAUCGCACGUUGCCGAAUGCAACACAAACUGAAGCAGAUUAUGCAGUAGUGUUGAUGCAAAACCACGGCUUUACCACUGUAGCGUCCAGCAUCGAACUCGCUGUCAUGCAAGCUGUAUACACGCAGAUCAAUGCAGGCAUUCAGACAACAGCCAUGACUAUUCAGAACGCAUAUCCCAACAACAAUCAACAAGAAUUGGCUUUCCUGACAAACCAACAGACUGUGCAGUCCUGGACAACGAUGGCUGGCACGUCUGACCGACCUUGGGGUCGAUGGAGUCAUCAGGUCCAAUCCUCUAACUUGUAUCAGAAUCUGUUGGAUCCAAACCAGACACAGCCUGCAUCACCUCCCCUUUAG